AUGGCAGCAGCCAUAGAUCACCUUCCCAGUAAAAGAACGGCGUCAGACCUAGAGGCUGUGAAUGGCAGCCUCCCACCACUGGCAACCGAUGCUACCGCAAAGAUUCUCGAACCCCUAUUCUUUCUCCUAGCAGCCCGUCGAGAUGUGCUAGCGGACCCUACUUUCGAGUCUCUGAAUAUCCCAGAUGAAAGAAUCAUCACCUCUAUCGGGAACUCUGGCAUGGAAAUAUUGAACACAGCCUCGGGAUUCGAUCGCCUCAUCGCCGCACUCGUGUGGUUCGCUGAAAGGUAA